AUGCCUCACUGUCUGUCCUUCAACACAGCCUCGCCGGAGGCCAUUCUCGGCGACGACCCUUUCCCCCAUCCGUCCCUAGAGGGCGUGGCUUCCUCUUCCAGAAACGCCUCCAAUCCGUCGCCCACCUUUAACCUCAGCCGCGAGUUGGCUCACGCUUUUCAGACCCCCUCGUACCAGGACAUAGUCCACGUGGUUGACCCAACCCAACAUCAUCUGCACAUCCAACCGGACAUCGGUGAUCGCACCGAGCUGCUUCUCUCUCAGGUUCUCCAACCAAACAAGGAAUGCGUCCAAGAAGCUCUUGGCCACGCCAAGCCUACUUCUCUCACCCAUCUCAUCUCCACUUACUUCCAACACAGCGAAAACGCCACGCGCCUUUGCUUGGAUCUUUACCAAAGCGUCCACAGCGCUCGCCACCUCUACACACCCCUCUUUGACCUCUUCCACAUCCUCCCCGUUGAUUCCCACGCCAUCGACGAACCCCUCUGUAACUUGGCGUUCGACGUUUUCCUCAAGCUCGACACUUUUGAUAACCCUUUCUCAUCUCCUGAAUCUCACAGCUUUCGAGACACUCAAUUAUGCUUCUCCCAGCUGAAGCACAAGCUGGACACCCGUCUCCGCAAGUCUAGGUCACGGGUCCGCCUCCUCCACCAUGCCACAGCUGGUCCCCUGUGCAGCCCCUAUCUCCCUCACAGUUUCAAGAAGAAGGAGUUAACUAACAUUUCUCAGCUCAAUGCUGCUGCCAAGGGAACAUUUGUGCUCAACAAGGAUCUCGACACCAUUGACCGUCUUGUCUCCCGCCUGCACACUGGGAUUGAGUACGACAAGCUUUUCAUUCGGCUUGGAUUGGAGAGGGGGAGGGACGUGUAUUCAAUUCAGGAGAUUCUGAAACAGCUUCGCAAGAGCCACCAUAACCUCACCCAUCAACUCAAGGAUCUUGAGGACCAUAUCUGCCUUUGGUUCACCAACGUUAACAAAGCUAGAUCGUUGCUCCUUCAAGAAAUCCACCUACCCCGAAUGUAA